CAUUAAUAAAUUGGUCAGUUUCCCCUUUGAUCCCACUUGUUUGAUAAGAGGUGAUGUUUCUCUGAUUUGAGGACUGAAGCUGUGCGCGUGCCCGUCCCCAUUUUAAAUAAACAGAGGCGCGCCCCCUUUUCUCUGACACGCGGCUCUUGCCUGCUUUUAGUGGAAGCGCUGUUGGACCACAGAUGAGACACAGCACAGGAGAGCUCCCAUCCACAUGAAUGGUGGACAGCACCGCCACAACGCAGAGCCCGCUGGUUCUACGCGCCUCGGAGCAACAGAACUUCUCCUCACAACGGAUCGAUCUGUGAGUUUUAAUCGAUGGAUUUGCGUUCAAACGGACUGAUAAUUUUAUUUCCCAGGGAGGGAUAGUGGGGUAAGAAAGAACGCGUUUCUCUGUUUGGGGGUGAGAGAGAACGAACGGAGAGGCAGUGGGGAGGGUGGGGACAAGGGAACACACAUACAUGGAGCUCAUGGACAACUUGCACAGCGUCUCAUCGCAUUCCCAAGCGGGGAACCUCAUGAGCUCUCCCCACGCUCGGCCGUCACCGUCCCCCAGCACGACAUCCCGGAAUUUGGUCUCGCACGCUCCCGGUGCGCGGUCGGCCAUGGUCUCCGGGAUGGCCUCUCUUCUUGAAGGGUCCGGUGGGGACUACCGGACAGACCCGUCCGCCCUGUCGGGCCACCUCCAUCCCUCCAUCAGCAUGUGCGAGAACGGGAUGAGCCUUAGUAACACCUACACCACCUUGACCCCCCUGCAGCAUCUACCUCCGAUAUCCACCGUCGCGGAUAAGUUUCACCACCCUCACUCCCACCACCAUGCUGCCGCCCACCAACGACUCUCCGCCGGCAACGUCAGCGGAAGUUUUACGCUGAUGCGGGAUGACCACCGGGGACUCGCGUCCAUGGGAAACUUGUACAGUCACUACCCAAAAGAGAUAUCCGUGUCCGGUAUGGGUCACGGCUCGCUCUCCCCGCUGUCCGGGGGCCUGACCUCUCUGCACAACUCCCAGCAGUCACUCUCGGCCUACGGUCCCAGCGCUCACAUCUCCACCGACUCCAAAAUGCUCUCCCCGGUGUCGGGCUUUGAGUCCCACGCAUCCAUGCUGUCCCGGAGCGACCAGGAGCACCUUGCCAGGAGUUUAGGAGGGCACAGCCACGGAUUGAUCUCCAACCUCAACGGCAUGCACCACCACCCGCACAGUCAUCUCCAUUCCCAACCGAACGGCGCCGUCAUGCUGGGCGACCGGGAGAUGCAUGGCCACGGGGCCAACCAGGGGGUCUCGGGGUCUGGCAUCCAGGCGGAGGAGAUAAACACAAAGGAGGUAGCUCAGAGGAUAACAGCCGAGCUGAAGCGGUACUCAAUCCCGCAGGCCAUAUUCGCACAGCGGAUUUUGAGCCGGUCGCAGGGCACCCUGUCUGACCUGCUGCGGAACCCCAAACCCUGGAGUAAGCUCAAGUCAGGCCGGGAGACCUUCAGGAGGAUGUGGAAGUGGCUGCAGGAGCCUGAGUUCCAGCGGAUGUCAGCUCUCCGACUGGCUGCAUGUAAACGGAAGGAGGAGGACCGGGGACGGGAGCGCAGCCAGGUGCCCAAGAAGCAGCGACUGGUCUUCACCGACCUGCAGCGUCGCACCUUGGUCGCCAUCUUCAGAGAGAACCGCCGCCCCUCCAAGGAGAUGCAGCUCACCAUCUCUCAGCAACUGGGCUUGGAGCUCUCCACCGUCUCCAACUUCUUCAUGAACUCACGCCGCCGCUGUCCGGAGCGCUGGGACACUGAGGAGCACGGCCACGGGGUGCACGGCGGCCACGGCCACGUCCACACGCCUCACGGAAACAGCGGAAACAACGGCGCGUCUCCGAUCCAACCUGGUUCCUCUUCCGCCAGCACGUUCUCCAAGGCCUGACGGCCGCAGGACGAAUUGAACGGAUGCGUGCAGGGUGGAGGAUGGGAAUUCCAUUUUCAAUGUUUGGGUAUUUUUACUAAAAAUGUCCUGCGCAGCAACUGAUCCAUGCGGCGCAUGUACAGACAAAUCAGAUGCGUUUAAAUGGACGUUUUUUAUUUGCAAACCAAAGAUUUAGUAGCAACCAUAGAUUCAGCUGAAAACCAAAGAGAACACAUCUCCACUAAACAGCUCUGCUGAAAGCGAGGUUUAGGUUUGUGUCACAGCAGUGCUGGGCGCGCAUGGAUCAGUGCGCACGGCUGUAGCCUCAGCUAAUCUCUUGUCUCCAUCCUCCUGUAACACGUAUAUUUAUGUAUUUGUUUGUUUGUGGAUUUGGUUCGACAUCAGAGUGAGAAUUUGUAAAUGUAGCCACAGAAGACCAUUUGUGGUGACCUGAAUGUGGGCAAGAUGCCGACCUGGCUGAGUUUCAGCUCCACUGGAGCCCCACUGAUCUAAAUCUUAUCGUUUCCUUUUGCAGCACUGGUAGGGAUGUCUCUCUGGAACCAGACACGGCGACUUGCAGCGACAUGCAGCAGUGCAUGCAUUUUUUCAUGUGUGUUUAAUCAUGGCGCAACGGUGUAGCCCAACCCGCUCCACGUCAGAGUAACAGCGCCACCUGCUGUGCAUUUGUUCCAAGUUUCUUCAAGAGAAUCACAUCAACCUGCAGUGUAAAUUAGACCUAUAAGUACCAACAUUCAUACUUGAGCCAACGUUUAGACCUGCAAACACCACACACACAUGCUUAAUCUUAAUCAAUACACCUUUUAAUUUAACCAUUUGCUUCUUAACACUCUCUGUCUGACUGUGCAGCCCUAAAGGCCGUGCAGAUACACGCGAGAUUAUAUUCAGGUUAAAAAAGAGAACAAUCAAUCGGGGACGAUGCUCCGCACUCUUCUAAAAGGAGUUGUCCCCAAGUGUAGGGAGCGAGGGAUGGAAGGAUGGAGAGGGGCUGCCAUGCUCUAGUGGCCAAACACGGAGGUCAAAUGUCACAAUAUAUAGGAUCCUGAGUGCCAAUGAUGUUUGCCUCUCUAUGAUAAUCAGAGAACAGAUGCAGCCUACUCCACCGCCCUCUGACUCGCUGUGUCUGCUUUGUUUCAUCACAGCUUUCAAUUUGCGAGCACUAUACGGGCACGUCGCCUGUUUCAUACCUCAGAAAAAGUCUGAUGUGAUAAACAUGAUUGUAAAUAACCUUUAAUUUAACCCUUUUCCCCCCUUUCUCCCUCUCGUAUCUAUUCUCUAUUAAUCUCUUGCUCCUCCCUCCUUAUUGUGUCUUUCUUUCAUUUCCCCCUCCCUAUGCUGAUGCGGGUAUUACUAGUACCAUAGACACAUGGUUUCUCUCUUGUGACUAUUGUGCUAUGUUGUGCUGAAACUAUAUGUAAAGAGCACUUUCUUGAAAAAAUGUAAAAAGUUUAGGUUAGGAUAAAAAAAAAAGACAAAUCAACAUGUCGUAGACUGAUUCUAUGCACAGACAAGGAAGGCAUAUAAACUGUGCAUAAUCCUGAUGACCUGAAUGAUCGAACACGCAGACUAUCUGGAUGUGAAGAACCUCUUCUUUGAUCAUUACUGAAUCCUCUUUAAAUGGGACUAUCGCUGCAUUCCUCUGCUGAUGGUGUUCUUUCCUUACCUCCUCAUUUCUAAGUGUCUUUAUACCUUUUUUUUGGUGUGGGCAAAGCCACUUGUUCUGAACCAUCUUCUAGCGGGAGAUAAUCAAACUAGAGGGGAGGACGAAGAGUACGGCAGGGGAGGCAGCAGCAUCAGAGGAAGCAUUUAAGUGACAUUCCUCCACAAACUGACCAGUGGUUUAAAUUUUCUGCACAGAUUGUCUGUUUGAGGUGCCAUCUGGGAAUGAUCCUGGGGUCCAGGGGAGAGAAAUAUUUGAAUUGUAGACCCUCGCUGUGGCGUUACUUCUCAGAGUAACUGUGACACAGCAGUCAAAUACCAAAGAUGCUUUGUGGCUCACUAUUCACACUGGACUUGGGACACACAUGCAUUUAAAUGCACACACAGCACAUGCAAACACAUAGACUGAGAGCAGUCGUGCGGCAUGGCAAAACACAACAGAGGUAGUUGUCGUGUGGGAAGAGUUGAGUGCCUUUUUCCUUCAACCAGGGGUCGGACUGCUCUGUUCACAGAAAAUUCCUUCAUUCAGUUCAGAGAAUUGGGGGUGUGCUUGGCAAAGAGGGAGGCACACUGGGGGAGGGCGGGGUCAUCCUACUCCUUCAGUCUUAAAGCAAACGGGGAAUUUUUCAAUGUUCACCACGUUGCUUAUUGUCAAAAUCAUCUGAUCAGAUUCUCACAAGGUGCACAUGCACACACACACACACACACACACACACACACACACACACACGCACGCACACACACACACACACACACACACACACACACUCACACACACACACACACACACACACACACACACACACACACACACACACACACACACACACACACACACACACACACACACACACACACACACACACACACACACACUCACGCAAAAACACACAUUAUUUUUUAUCACUGUGCGUGCAUGUGUGUGUGUGUGUGUGUGCGUGCGUGCGUGCAUGCAUGUGUGUGUGUUUGUGUGUGUGUGUGGUUUUGAUUGUUUACAAAAUCUUCUCUCCAUUCCACUGUUUCCUCACCCUUCAUUUGGAGCAAAUCAAACCAAAAUGAAAAUCCAAUUGUGAUGCUCAUUGGUGGACCCCCCCCCCCCCCCCCACCACCACACACACACACACACACACACACACACACCUACCCUUUUUGCUGAUUCCUCCAUCCAGGGUAUAGCUUUACAACCAGACAGGCAUGUGCAGACAAAUCUUUGUUAUAUACCUCAAAUCUUUAUUGUAAAGGUUCAUGUAUAAGCAACACUGAUGAUGAUUGUUCUGCUUUAUGUUUUUUUUUUGUAUCUGUUAGCUGAUGUAUCAUUUGACAUGUUUUGGGUUUAUUUAUUGAUAUAUUUUCUUUUCUUUAGUUCUGGGACUAAAUAAAAACAAGGGGAGGACUAAAUCAAAAGCUGGCGAUAGGCUGUUCUGAAGGACAAAAGACAAAAAAUAAAUCAGACUUCAAAUAACCAAAACAAAAAUUAAGAUCAAAACAUCAACAACUUGUGUUUUGCAUCAAUUUUGUGUUUGAAAAUUGCCUCUCAUGUGUGUAAACGUGAUUUCCAUAUUAAAAAACACAGAACCAGCCUAACAAACCCCUUUUUCAUUAGGGACGGGGUAUUUUAAUUCUUUUUUAUUUGCAUGAAUUCAAAGUGUAAAUAAACAACAGGAUGAAGUAUACCUCUACAGGUGGAGGAGAGGGGGAGGAACUACAUUUGGUAAUCUUUGCAUUUUUUGUUCUGUGUCUUUUUCUGUGCUGUUUGUGUGUAUUUGUAUAGACUUUGUGUACUUCUGUGUGUAUAUCAGCCACGUUGUUCCUCCUCUCUGUUUGUAACUGUCCCCACAUUCCUGUUUCAUGGCACAGCCAGUCCGGGGUGUGUGUGCGUGUGUGUCUUGUUUCCCUGCUACAAUCAGGUCCAUCUGUAUUUAUUGUGAAUUUGAUGAGCUUGAGUGUGUUUCUGCUUUCUGAAAUAUAAACAAACCGAAGAAAAGAAAGCAGAAACAUCUUCAUCAUCAAAACACUUCCACCUUUCAAAGCUUCAGAGUGGACUUCUUCUCCCUCUUCCUUUACCGCUCAGUCAAUCAGAACCAAGUGUCUUUGUGAUAAUAGAGACAAUCACUUUAAACAAAACAGAGGAACAAAAAUGAAGGGGGGGGGGGGGUGAUGGAGGAUGAUGGAGAAACUGACUCGACAGGCAAGGAGGAUAGGGGUGAGAAUGGCUUUAAGAAGUGUGUCGGUGAAAGUGUGUGAUCACCCUUAACCUCUGCAGGGUGACCUUUAUGGUGUGGGCCGAGGCAUCAGAGAACCCCCCCCCCCCACCC